GGCUGCACACGUUGGCGGUGGAGAAGUUCCAAUUUGUGUCAGCGGAGUCGGGCGACCAUGCAUUUGUGGCUCCGCCUCCUGCAGUCGAUCCAGACGCUCGAAUGGCGAAGCUCGAAGAGAUGGUUCUUUCCAUGCAGCGGAACCUCCAAGAUCUUCUCGCAGCUGGCCAAGUCGGCGGAGGCGUUUCCGCCCCGCCUACAAAGGAGGCACCAAAGCCGAAGGCUACCCUGCGUGUUGGCAAGGACAAAGACGUUGUCGAGAAGUCUGCGGCUUCCAAAGGAAUUUUGAAGCCUACUACUCUGAGGCCAGAUCGAGCACCACCGUUGCAACACCUAGACUCUGGAGUGAUCGCGGCCACUCUUGCGGCCGGAAUCCCUGGCAGUCAUUUGCAAGAGAUGGAUCGCUUGGUUGGGUCCAAACCCAAACGACUCGACGACGCUCCUCGACCUACUCCCAGACCGCCCACUGCGCUCUCCGAGAGCGAUGGCGAGCCAGAGGAAGAAGAGGAGGAGCCCGAAGACGAGGAAGCUGGCGAAAGUUUGGCGCCUAUGGAGAAGGCACUCCUGAAGCUGACCAAGAUAGCUCAUGCACUCACCGAGAAGAAGCCCAAGAAAGACCAGACGAUCGAACAGGUUUUAGAUGCUGGAUCAGCGACCUUUGCUGCUUCAGAAGAUGAUGAGCUGGCGAGGAAGGAUCUGCCGCGCAAGCAGGCAAUGAAUGUGAUCACUUUUGCUCUCAAUUUUCUUGCAGCUGGGCGGGCUCUGCAACCGCCUGUUCUCAUGGGGCGUCGCCUCAGUUCGCGGCAGCGGCAAGCUGUGAGGCCGCUGGAGAACAGGUUGGAGCCUGGACACUGUGCUGAACGGCCACCACGUGUUAGAGUGCACUGUUCGUUAGCCUCGAAGAUAAAACUGUUUGAACUGUUGGAUGCUUCGGGGCGACUUGAUCUGCACCCCCGAGCUGCUGUGACACCUGGUUUUGGAAAUGGGCUCUUCGCAGUUACAAAAGACUUGACUAAGGACCGCCUGGUCUUGGACGCACGUCCCGCCAAUCUCCUGGAACAGCCUCCGGGUCGUUGGAUUGGAACGCUUGCCGGCGGAGAAGCGUUGGUCAAAUUGCAACUGCGAGAAGGAGAAGUCCUGAAGUGCAGUGGCUCAGAUUUGCGGGACUAUUACUAUUUGUUUAAGGUGUCGCAAAGCAGAUCAAGGAAGAAUGUUUUGGUCGGUGCACUUCCUACGAAUUUGCUGACUCGUUUGAAAGCUUGCAGUGCAGAUGUUCGUGCCUACACACAGGUUUAUGGCUCCCUGAAAUCCUUGGCAAUGGGGGACUCGUUGGCGGUCGAGUUUGGCCAAACAGCUCAUUUGGGGAUUGGAGUUCAGUCCGGAAUCCUCCAUCCUCAUAACCUCAUGACCUACCAGACCCCGCUGCCGAGAGUUUCCGAUUUCUUUGGUUUAGUGAUCGAUGACUUUGUUGGGUUCUCCAUUUGUCAGGCAGACAGUACAGGGCCUACACCAGCUGCUGAGGCCACAGAUCAGAUGGAGCAAGCCUACAAGAGGGUGGGGUUGAUUCCGCGCCCGUCGAAGUCGUUCAGGGACGAAGAGGAAGCUUCUUUUUGGGGGGCUGACAUUGAUGGCAAGAGAGGGAUUGUACGGGGCUCACUUAAAAGAGCAGUGCCCUUAGCGGGCUUGUUGUUUCGAGUGGCUAUCAUUUCCUUGUUUUUGUAUCGCAGGCGGCUUUUGUCAAUUUUGGAUGGAGUGUUUCAGUCUUUCCAGCAUUGUUCAAGCCACGCCAUUCUCAAACUGGACAGUCGGACCAAGUCAGAUCUUUUGCUUGCUGCGGUGCUUUUACCGUUGGCUGCCACGAACUUGCGUGCUCGGCUGAGCGAGAGGGUCACUGCUACUGAUGCGUCAGAUUGGGGUGAGGCAGGUGCCUGCGCCUCUUUGCCGGGCUCCCUGGCUCAGGAGGCCUACCGAAGUGUGCUGCGCAAAUCCGUGUGGGCCCGUUUGCUCGGACCAGCUAAAGCUUGGCUGAGGGGAAAAGGGUUGUUGGACGUUGCUGAAGAGCUGCCGGACGGCAGAGUUGCUUUAGCUAUCUCUAGCUGUUCUCCUGAAAGGAAGCCGACAAAGGAACCUCCAGAUUGGUGGGAGUGGGUGCGAGCUGGACGAUUGGACCUAUUCGACCAGUGGUUGGUUGACAAUGGUUUGGAUGGCUUCGACCUCGCUGGGAUCCCUUCUUUUGCUGAGAUCAAUGGAGGAAAGGAACUCCCUCGUCAGCUGCGUGCAACCGACAGAAUGCCGCCAGACAAGCAAGACAGGGCUGUACCCGGAUCGAACCACGAAGUUAGCAGAUCCCCUCAACAGUUUGAAGGUUCUCCCAUUUGCGAGUUGGGGCCUGAGGCCUUACAGUUGUUACAAUCGUUGCCAGAAGAUCAAUUCAUUUUCCCUCCGUCCCGGAGGGGAGUACUCCGGGAGCCUGGCUAUCUCGACUUGUUCAGUGGGGAGCGAGGCGUUGCGGAGAGUUGGGUUCGACAGACUGGGAGAUGGGCACUGUGUUUUGACAUUGAACAUUCUCCGGCGGAAGAUUUGUCAGAUGCCAAAGUCCGCAGGUUGAUCUGGAGCGCUUUGGAGGCUGGAGCUUUUGUUGCAGUUGGGAUGGGACCUGUUUGCAGCAGUUUUUCUCUGGCCAUCACCCCUCCGGUCAGGACCAAGCAUUUUCCCAUGGGGUUGCCUAACCUUUCAGAGAAGAUGCAACAGAAGAUUGAGCAGGGCAAUUCCUUUGCGUUGUGGUGCUUCGACUUGCUACGACGAGCGAGUCAACUAGGGCUUGCAGUGUGGUUGGAGAACCCUCAUUCUUCCUGGAUGUUUCGUAUACCAGCUUUUGGGGAGCUUUUACAAGCAGUGCCAGAGCUUGGUUGCUGGGUAGUGCCGCUUCAACAGGAGAUGGCGGAAACGCACCCGCUUUGUGUGCAACACCCCGCUUGCGGGUCACAAGACGCUGUGUACUGGUGGGCAUGA